UGCUUAAGGACCAAGGUUGAAAAUUAGAAAAAAUAAAUAAGGAACUGGAAACCGGAGAAUAUUGAAGUUGCAACGGGAAUAUGAGUUGGCGGUAGGUGGAAAAGUAACAAGCAAUUGUGUCUCCGGCGGGGCUCCGUUUGGAUCCGAUUUAUAUUUCUACAUAUUCCUCAUUUACUACAACACUGCGGCAGUAGUCGACUCGCCGGACAGAGAUUCACAAUGCAGAAGUGGUUUUCAGCGGGCAGCGGCGUCGGCGAUGAUCGUUAUGUUGAGCAACAUCAAGCUUCUUCUUCAACUCCUUCUUUACUGGCUGAUUGGAAUUCGUAUGCAUCCGCAAAAUCAUCGGAAGAGAGCUCCAGCACUGCGUUCAUAGGCAGCUUCGAUCUCGAAUCCGCUGUUCGUUCCGCUAACGACACCGUUUCUGGCACUUUUAACGUGGUUUCUAAAGGAGUGAGGGACAUUCCAGGGAACUUGCAGUCCGCCACUAGCAACAUUCCUUCUGGGAAAGCCCUCAUGUAUUUUGGUCUAUUCAUGGCGACCGGAGUCUUCUUCAUUUUCAUGGCAUUCACGUUAUUCCUUCCAGUGAUAGUAUUGGUGCCUCAGAAAUUUGCCAUUUGCUUUACUCUUGGAUGCUCCUUUAUCAUUGGGUCAUUCUUCGCACUCAAGGGCCCAAAGACUCAGUUUGCUCAUAUGUUCUCAAUGGAGAGGCUUCCUUUUACACUAGGAUUCAUGGGUAGCAUGAUUGGCACACUCUACGUUUCCAUGGCACUUCAUAGCUAUAUCCUUUCGGUGCUCUUCUCUGUGCUUCAGGUUAUGGCAUUAGCAUACUACGCAAUAUCUUACUUUCCCGGUGGCUCUGCUGGCUUAAAAUUUCUGUCGUCUUCUAUGAUUUCUUCAGUGUUGAAAUGCUUUGGCAGAUGAAGGCUUGUAACACAUCUGUGUCAAAUUUCUGUAGCUUUUACGCUUUAUAUGUUUCUAUACGAUUGUUUAUUAGCACACAUUCUGUAGUUGUAGACCUAUAUUGUGAAGCAAUGGUGGACAAUUUUGACAAAUUUAGUUCAGUUUCUCCUUUGAAGCCUCACCAGAUUUGUGCUAGGCUCACUACUCGUUUUCUAUAGAUUGUAUUGUAUGACUAACAAUUUAUAUACAAGAAUCCUCAAUUGUUCUUGAUGA